CCCUCGCUUUGUUGCUCACCAGCUUUUCAGGGUUCAGCCACCUUAGGAGAAACAUGGUUGCCACUUGUUUACAUCUCACUGGAUUUGUGGCUAGCUUUGUCGGCUGGAUUGGCUUGAUUGUGGCCACUUCCACAAAUGACUGGGUUGUGACUUGUGGAUACACCAUCACCACCUGCCGGAAGAUGGACGAGUUGGGGUCCAAGGGACUGUGGGCGGACUGCGUCAUGGCAACAGGGCUGUAUCACUGCAAGCCACUGGUGGACAUCCUCAUAUUACCAGGGUAUGUCCAGGCAUGUCGGGCCCUGAUGAUUGCUGCCACAGUUUUGGGACUUCCAGCUGUUUUCCUUUUGGUGACUGUUUUGCCUUGCAUUCGGAUGGGCCAUGAACCUGGGGUGGCCAAGUACCGGCGUUCUCAACUGGGAGGAAUCCUACUAAUCCUCUUGGCUCUGUGCGGUAUAGUGGCUACCAUCUGGUUCCCCGUGAGUGCCCACCGUGAAACCAUGAUCAUGAGCUUUGGGUAUUCCCUCUACACCGGCUGGAUUGGAUCGGCUCUUUGCCUUUUUGGAGGAUGCAUCAUUGUUUGUUGUUCGGGUGAUGCUCAAACGUUUGGCGAGAACCGCUUCUACUAUGCUUCUGGUUCCAGCUCUCCUACUCAUGCGAAGAGCGCCCACGUAUAAGAGCUCCUGAGACUUCCCGGGCCUUGGUGAAGCAUUUUUGAGAUGGGUGGAAGGGUUUACGUUCAGUUUUUGGUCUUGCCUCUCCUUCCAUCUUCCCAACUGCAUCGGUUGUACAAGAUUGAAAGAGACAGCCUGGUGUCUGUAAAGCGUAAACAUCACAUUUGUCUGAAUAGAAAUAACAGGUGCAGACACAGUCCCCUACGGUCAGGCUUUUUCACUCACAAUUCUGUUGAAAGAUUAAACCUCUUUUCCUUCUUCUGUCUCUCCCUCCCUCCCCUCUCCCUUCUGCUAGGAACAGAAUUAACAAAUAUGUAUCUGAAUUGUCUGAAAAGGGUUUCACAGAAUAAGUUACCCCUUUCUUCUCUCACUCAAGGCCAUCUUUUCUGGCAGUGCUUACCGAGAUAAGCGAAAGAAGGCCCUCGUUCCAACUGCAGCAAUGUUUUCUUUCUAAAAAGAUUGAGGGAUAUCUCUUUGUUUUCUUAGUCUGAAAACAGAACGAGCACUAUAAGGAAGUUGACCAUUUCAGUAACAGUGUUUUUUGUCUACAUGCAUCAGUAUGAAGGAAAUAAAAGAGACACAUCUCUAAUUGCAAGAUAAAUAACAGAAGAACUGUAUAUAUCUCCUUACACAUAUGCAAUGGGACUGAUCCUAAAUGUACUUUCUUCGGUCUCCUCCCUGCCAACUUGUAUUUUUUACUUUGUUUUGAUUAAUUUGUAUUCUGACAUAAACUAUUGAACUAUUAUCUAAAUUUUUUUACUGUAAUUAGAUGCCAGUUCAAGUCACGUCCAAUGAAUACUGAUGAUGAUGCCUUUUGUUCCGAA